AUGUCGAAUGCAAAUACUAUGAGCUGCUUAUGGAAAGAAUCUAAAGAUGCUAAACCAUAUGUCAACAGAGUUCCUAUACCAACUGUUGAAGAAGGUCAACUAUUAAUCAGAAUGGAUUAUGCACCAAUCAAUCCAUCAGACAUUAAAUUUCUUUUAGGACAGUCUUCAUCGAAUAAACAAUUUCCUUGUGUUGCAGGAUUUGAGGGUUCUGGCACAGUAGUAUUGACAGGGGGAGGAAUGGCCAGUUGGGGUAUGUCUGGAAAAAGAGUGGCAUUUUACACAAAUCAUGAAUAUGGAACAUAUGGGGAAUAUUGUAUAGCAGACACAAAUUUGUGUAUAGAAUUAGACAACGACAUGGAAUCGAGCUAAGCUGCUUGUUCAUUUGUGAAUCCAUUAUCUGCUAUAGGAAUGCUGGAUUUUUGCAAGAAAAAUAAUGCAAAGGCUGUCAUUAAUAAUCCAGGUGCUUCCUAAUUAGGAAAAAUGAUGAAUAGACUAUUUAACGAAAGAAACAUAAAGGUGAUCAACAUUGUUAGGAGAGAAGAAUAAGUUUAUGAAUUAAGAUAUGAAUGUGGGGCUGAAUUAAUUAUCAAUCAAAAUGAUCCAGACUUCCUUAAACAAUUAAAAAUUAUGUGUGAAGCCACUUAAGCAUCUAUAUACUUUGACGCUGUCGGAGGAGAAUAGAGUGGAUAGAUUUUAAACAUUAUGCCUAAAGGAUCCACACUGAUGAUGUAUGGUACUCUUGAUAGUUGGUAAAUUGGAGGAAUUUAGGCUAAUGAUUUAUUAAAAGAUAAGAAAUCUAUCUAGGGGUAUUGUAUUUACAUUAUUCUAGAUUCUUUUUAAAUGUUUGGUUAAAAGAAUAAAACAAAUUAGAAUUGAUUAUGACUUUAAAAAAGCUGAAGAAUUUUAUAAAGACUUCAUUGAAAACUAAAAUUGCAAAAGAAGUAAUCUAUAUUAGUAUUAUUUAGUUUACUUUAGAUUAAUUUUAAUAGGCAAUUGAUUAUUAUAAAUCUCAUAUGACAGAGGGAAAAACAUUAAUUUGUUUGAAAAAAACAAUUUAAUCAAACUAAGAAAUCUCAAAUUAGAAAUAGCCUUAGCCAUAAAAUGAAGAAUAAUAAGGUUAAAAGAAGGAAUAGAAUAAAGAGGAAGUAUAAUAAUAAUAAUAAUAAUAAUAAUAAUAAUAAUAAUAAUAAUAAUAAGAUUAAUAGUAAUAAUAAUAAUAAUAAUAAUAAUAAUAAUAAUAACAUUAAUAAUAAGAUCAACAUCAAUAAGAAUAGGAAUAGCUUUAAUAAUAAUAAUAACCUAAUGAAGAAUAGGAAUUUUAAGAAGAUGAUGAUGAUUCAAAUUCAGGAUUUGGAGAAGGAUUAAAUGAUGUAUUGUGA